GCGCAGGCGUGGUGCAGGCUGGUCGGCGCUUCUGCGCUGCGAGGGGCGUCAGCGCAGGGUUCCCAGCCAGCGUUGAGUGCGGCGCCGGGAACCGCGUGUGGGUGAUUCUCCCUGGGGUCAUGCAGAGAGCAUCCCGUCUGAAGAGAGAGCUGAGCCUGCUGGCCGCGGAGCCGCCCCCGGGCAUCACAUGCUGGCAGGAUGGGGACCGAAUGGAAGAUCUGCGAGCUCAGAUAGUAGGUGGAGCAGACACACCUUAUGAAAAAGGUGUUUUCAAGCUGGAAGUUAACAUUCCUGAGAGGUACCCAUUUGAACCUCCUCAGAUCCGAUUUCUGACUCCCAUCUACCAUCCCAACAUCGAUUCCGCUGGAAGGAUUUGUUUAGAUGUUCUCAAGUUGCCGCCAAAAGGCGCCUGGAGACCGUCCCUCAACAUCGCGACCCUGCUGACUUCUGUUCAGCAGCUCAUGGCCGAGCCCAACCCCGAUGACCCGCUCAUGGCCGACAUCUCCUCAGAGUUUAAAUACAACAAGCCCGUCUUCCUCAGGAAUGCCAGGCAGUGGACAGAGAAGCACGCGAGACAGAAGGCUGAUGAAGAAGAGACGCCUGAUAACCCUGAUAACCCCCCGGAGGCGGGUGGCUCAGAAGGGCACAGCGAAGCACAGAAGAGGAAAGCCAGGCCCCUGGGCGGCGUAGAAAAGAAAUUCUGCGCUGACGUUUAGGGUGGGGUUUGUCCUGGCCCGUCUCAGUUAAUAGGUUCUUUGCCAGCAUGGUCCAAUUUGCUUCCGUUUCUGGAAUGUCUUUCUUCGUGUUUGAUGGCGUCAUCGUUUUAUAGCCUGUGAACAGACCUCGUGUAUUUGUAUGUUCUGCUCCACAUUGAUUCUCCGAGUGCAGUUUGCUUUAUUUAGCUCAUACGUACGUGUCCCCAAACUUGUAAACCUGGAAAAUAAAUAAUCAUCUAGCGUUGA